AUGGUGGUUGAAACCGCGGUAGAUCACUUUACGACGAAACGAACACGAGAGCAUCACUCAUUGGAUGAAACACAAACCUUUAAUUUAUUGCAACAGAAUAAAAACCUCACAAAGUUGACAGUAUCAUUGCUGACUCGACUGCUGUUGUACCAAAAAAGGAAGUUUAAGUGUUGCGGUGUAUGUACAAUAGAGCGUAAACAUGGCUGCACGUUCAGUACCUGUUUCCCUGCUUUUGUUGGUGGUGGCUGUCAACCAAUGCUUGGCCAGCUACGCACGAGAAUGCUGUGAAAGCCCGAUAAGAUGUCCAAGCGGCUUCGAAAAGAACAACAAGUUAAAUUCGUGUUAUUUCUUCGAAAACACCAAAAAGGUCACCUGGUAUGAGGCUAAUGCGAUAUGUCAGAGUAAGGGCGCCCAUCUUCUAGCGAUCGAAACACAGGAGGAAAUGAACUUUCUGAAAACCAAACGAAGGAUUGGGUAUUGGACCGGGGGAAACAUGCUGAGCAAUAACGUGUACAAAUGGCAACAGGGUGGCUGCUUUUACCAGUCACCCCUGAAAUACACACACUGGAGCACCCGAGGUAAUCCCCCACAGCCCGACAACCAUCGUGGUCGCGAGAAGUGUAUCAUGGUUUGGGAACAGUUCUACGGAUGGGCUGACUUUGAAUGCACCUACCUACUCAAUUUUGUUUGUGAGAUCAACCUCAAGUCAGAUUAAUGUUAAUUGUCAACUGAGCAAACUCAUCAAUGUUUUUUUGUUAUUUGAUUUCGAGUGAUUGGAUGUGAAUAAUUAUACUUGUGUAUUUGGGUGAGCUGAUAAAAAUACCUAUAUAUUUAGAUCAGAUUUUGAAUGCACAUUAAUCAAUCGCAUUAAUUUCUUAGCAAUGUUACAU